AUGCUCGGAAGCUGUGGAUUUACCAAUACCCUUCCCGACCACAAGUCGAACCCUCGCGAAACACUGGACCAUGUUAUCGAACUUCUUUUGGUCGCUGCCAAUAGAGGUUGGCGGUAUGACCGCAUCAUUAGCAGACGGGUGACCAUGGGCGCCGUUAAUGCAGUUCUCGACCACAUUGAUGCCUCUGUCUCACUGAAGGUCGGCUACCAACAGAUAUCCUCCUCCGGCGACGUGGAUUCAUCCGAGACAAGGAUAUCUAAGCUGGCUCCAGUGCCAUCGAAUGGGUGGCGUCAGCAAAUCUCGACAAAGCAGGAAACGUUGCGCACCCGGCCCCUCCGUACAUUCAUUCAUUUUCUGAUCCUGACUGGGCCAUGCGCCAGUGCUCGGAUCUUCAGGUCUCUGAUUCCUUGUGGCUGCUUGGCACACUUCAAUCACUCAGCAAGGAUGUGGAAUGUUGACAGUUCUAAUGACAAAAAGGCCCCUGGGACCUGCAAGAAUGACAUGGGCGGUCAAGGCACGGUUGACGUCUUCCCGUCGUCAUGGACACGCGUCUCUAUCGGUGAAGAGCCGCUGCAUUCUCCAUUGAAUGAUCGAUUGAUUAAAUUGAAGCACCCGCUGAAGACUAGUCCAAAGAAGGCGAAUGCGUUUGCAGCAUCCCACGAGGAGCGAGAACCCGGUUUCUAUUCUGGAUCAGUUUUCGAAUUUCCAAACCAUGGUGACCCUCGCGACGUCAACAAUCUGGCAGCCAAGUGUUCAACGAGUAACCUCACGAACUGGGAGGUGCCGGAGGGUACGAAGAAGGCAGGACUGUCUGUGAUGUUAAGAUAA